UCUUUCUGCUCAUUUUGAAAGGAAUCGUCGACGAUAAAACGCGUUCGUAUAGAAACAAACUCACAGUUGACCCCCGAACUGGUCUGAAAACAACAUCUUUUAGAUAUUUUCAGGAAAAUGGGCCGAUUUGUUCUUCUUUUUGUUACAUUGGUAGCAUUUUAUGCACAUUGUUCUGCUUUUCAUCAAUGGGGUACACCGCUAACCGAGUGUGCCAGGGAAGACUAUGUAUUCAAGAGACCGAAAAUCUCGCAGAAGUGCAUCGGGAAGGAACAGGUUUAUUCGAAAGCUGCCGUCGCGUGUGAAAGUACAGCUUGUUCAAGAGUUGGGAGAAAUAUGCUUAAACGAGGCGGUCACGCCGUUGAUGCAACGAUAGCUGUCUUGUUGUGUCUCGGAGUCGUUAAUGGAGAGUCAUCUGGUGUUGGAGGUGGCCUUAUGAUGACCAUUUAUGACAGGGAAACGAAAAAAGCCCACGCCUUAGACGGUCGAGAGGUCGCCCCGGCAGCGGCAGUCAACAAUUCAGCAUUUACAAAUGAUCCUAAUAACACCAUUUAUGGAGCUAAAUCUAUAGGUGUGCCAGGUGUGGUAGCAGCCAUGAAGGAAGCCCACACCAAAUUUGGACUCCUUCCUUGGGCAAGCCUUUUCGAGCCUGCCAUAAAGAUGUGUGAACAGGGUUUCCCUCUGAGCUUCAACGAAGCAGAUGCAUUGACUCAAAAGGACCUGUCGAACCAUACGUAUCGUUCGGCAGUCAAGAGAGAUCCAGCUUUCAUGGCGGUUUUCUUGAAUAAACGAACUGGUGAAGCAAAGACAGAAGGGGAGACGUUUUACUGCCGCAACCUCGCCACGACGUACAGGUUACUACGGAAUGAUGCAGAUUUUUACACGGGCCCACUCGCUGCAAAAAUCGUUAGUGAGAUACAGGCAAAAGGUGGACUCCUCAGUCUAGACGACCUGAAGAACUACCGCGCCGUCUGGCGAGAGCCGUUGUUUGGCGAUGUUGCUGGGCAUAAGUACAUUACUACACCUGUUCCUUCGUCAGGGGGCUUCGUCCCAAUUAUGUUUAACGUCUUGAAAGGUUUUAACAUGACUGAGAGUGACCUUCGGAAAGGACCAGAGCAGUUAGCACUGAAGUUACAUCGCUUCAUUGAAACAUGUAAAUUUGCUUACGCCAAGCGGGUACUUCUUGGCGACACCAAAGGAUCAAGAGAGUACUUAAAAACAUUAAUGACAAAAGAAUUUGCGGAUGAAACGCGCUCAAAGAUAAACGACGACAUGACGUUUGCAAAUCGGAGUUAUUACGGAAAAGACAUACCAGACCAAAGAAUGAAGCACAGCACAUCACAUGUUUCAAUUCUGGACCAGUACGGGAAUGCUGUGUCCACCACUACUUCUAUAAAUAUGCACUUUGGUUCCGGUGUCAUUGGUGCUGAAACGGGAAUAAUAUACAAUAACGUCAUGAAUGACUUCUCCUUCCCUAACGGAGAGAAUUUGUUCGGAUUUGAGCCGACCAGUUCGAACUACGUGAAAGUCAACAAACGCCCAAUGGGUACGCUGGCACCCUUCGUGAUGGUGGACAGAAACGAUGAUGUGACAGUAGUUGGCGGAGCCUCUGGCGGAGGAAAGAUCCUAUCCACAGUCGUUUCGGUACUUCAAGAGAUGUUUAUCUUCAAUAAAGGAUUAAAGGAGGCAGUGGAUGCCGAGCGCAUUCAUAGCCAAUGGAUUCCAACCUCCUCCUUCAUAUCAGCAGGGUUCACCAAAUACAAGGAAGCUAUUGAUAUCCUCGUAAAGAAGGGUCACACUAUGCACUAUUACUGUUUCAUUCCUUCUGGGUUUCACGGGAUCUACGUUAAAAGCGGACACGUGCACGCCUACACUGACGCGAAAAAAUUUGGAUGCCCUGCCGGAUUUUAGACCUGUUGUACUUUGAUAUUUUUCAAACCGUGUGUGCAGUGCGUUAGUGCAAAAGCAAUUUCAGAUUCAAAAUACGUACAUUUUAUACACGAACUGUAUCCAGUAAAUUGUGGCCUUUGAACGGACAUUUCUCAAAUUAUAAGUUGUGGUUGAUGAGAAACAUGCCACAGAAAAUUUCACUGCAGGAGGGGUUAUUGGGCGAAAAGGCAUCGUAUCGUCAAGGCGAACAUCAGGCUAUUGGGAAAUAUGUUUCAUGGUUUUAAAUCAGCAUGAACAUGGAACAUUCUUAGUGUUGGCCAGAUUAUGGCGAUGAUUACUUCUGAAAAUGGCCCAUAUGUAGUGUUUCUCCUCAAUAAA